UUCAUCCACCCCGCGUACUGCAUCCAGACUGCUGCCAGCUAACACAUCCCGGUGACAAGAUAAGUGCGAAGAAGAUAGCUAGGAAGUCUCCAAUGUCCUCACAGCGCGUUUUAGACUCCUAUAAAGGCCCUUCACCCUCACUUCCGACCUCUUCAUCCAAAUUAACCAGCCCCGCCCCCAGCCCCUUAUUUGAUUUGCAUCCCCUCCUCCGCCUUCUAAUUGAAGCUUCAUAUGAUGACUACCUCUUCAAUGGUCAAUUCGCUUCUGCUUCCAAUAUUUGCGUGCGCUUUGCUUGUUGCUACGCUCUCCGCCGCCGCCGCAGGAAGCUUCAACAAUGACUUCGACAUUACUUGGGGCGACGGUCGAGCGAAAAUACUCAAUAACGGGCAGCUGUUGACUCUUUCUCUGGACAAGGCUUCAGGCUCGGGCUUCCAGUCCAAGAGCGAGUAUCUCUUCGGCAAGAUUGACAUGCAGCUCAAGCUUGUCCCCGGCAAUUCCGCAGGCACCGUCACCGCCUACUAUCUAUCGUCUCAGGGGCCGACACAUGAUGAGAUCGAUUUCGAGUUCCUUGGGAACCUUAGCGGCGACCCUUACACGUUGCACACCAACGUGUUCACGCAGGGGAAGGGCAAUCGGGAGAUGCAGUUCAAGCUCUGGUUCGAUCCCACCAAGGAUUUCCACACCUACUCUGUUAUCUGGAAUCCCCAGCAAAUUAUAUUCAUGGUGGACGGGACGCCCAUAAGGGUAUUCAGGAAUUUGGAGACGAGAGGGGUUUCAUUCCCAAAGAGUCAGGCCAUGAGGAUCUACUCCAGCCUCUGGAACGCCGACGACUGGGCCACCCGUGGAGGGCUCAUCAAGACGGAUUGGAACAACGCGCCAUUUACAGCUUCUUACCAAGGCUUCAACGCCGACGCCUGCGUUUGGAUCGGCGGCGGAUCAAGAUGCAGUGGGGCUGGAACUUGGAUGGAUUACGAGAUGGAUGUGACGAGCCAGAAGAGGAUGUCGUCGGUGCAGAGUAAUUACAUGAUCUACAACUACUGUACCGAUCGCAAACGAUUCCCACAAGGGUUGCCAACUGAGUGCACCAUCAACUGAGAAGUGUGAAGUUAAAUAGCUGCUUUGUAUUAUAGAUAAUUCUUUUAUUCUUAAAUUUGUAUUGAGAUUCUUUGAUCGCGUCAGAGUCUAUUUUUUUCCCUAAAUUAUUAAUAAAUUAUAAUCUUUUUU